AUGUGUAAGCGUGUUCGGUUAGAGCAGGUGACGCCGCGGGCCUUCUCCGCCGCCUACUCGUGGAUGCUGCGUCCGGACCAGCGGCCGCCAGCGGACCUGCAGCAUCUGCUGGAGCUGCUGGCGGCGGCGCGACAGCUGGGGGUCGCGGCGCUGGCGGCCUCGUGCGUCGCCGGGCUGCGAAGUGACCCCUCGCUCGUGGAGCACCGCGCCGUGCUGGCGCUGGUGGGCGCGCGCCGCCUCGCCGGCUGCCGUCUGGACGACGCCCUGCUGCCCAAGGUGCGGGACUUCUUCCUGCCGCUGGUCUCCAGCCGCUACUUCCUGCUGCUGUCGGCGGGCGAGGUGGCGGCGCUGUUGGGCUCCGACAACAUCCGCGUGCACGGCGAGCUGGAGGUGUUCUUCGCCGCGGCCCGCUGGCUGCUGCACGGCUGGCCGCGCAGGCGGGAGCACGCGGCGCGCCUGGCGGGGAGGGUGCGCUUCGGCCGGGUGCCGCCGCGCGCGCUGGCGUCUCUGCGGGGCGUCGCGGCGCGCGACCCUCGCGUGCGGCGCCUCGUCGCGGACGGGCUGGCGGGGCUGGCGCUGCGGACCCGCCCCCCGCCGCCGCCCAGGGACUACACCGACGAGGCCAGCUGCCCCAGGACGUACGAGGGGUUCCUCGCCGACCUGGAGGGCUACCGCAGGAUGCUGCCGGAGGACUGGCCCGAGCACAUGGAGCCGCCGCCCCCGCCGCCGCCGACGCGAUGCGGGGCCGGGGGCGGGGCGGGUCCCUUGGACGCAGGCGACGCGCCUGUCGCGCGCGCGACGGACCGCGACGAACGCGACGACGACACGUCGGUGGUCGAGCACGUGCCUUGCGCCGCUGCGCUCCGCCGUCUCCCGUCCGUCGAGAGCUGCUACUCCUACUCCUCGGCCGGCCUCAGGACAGCUGACGACGAGGAGAGCUACUUCUCGUGCGAGGAGUGCUGA